UGACACUCAGACUCCGCGAAGCUGUUCCUGAACUUUGAGUUGCAAUGUAAUUGCGCUUGUCAAGUGACGCUCGCUAACUCCCUUUGAGCUUCAUCCUCCCUCGUCCGCCUAAAACGCUUCACAUUCACGCCUCACCCCCAUUUGCUCGCCUGCAUCUUGUCUGCGCUGGUCCACCGUCAUCGCGCGCGCUCGAGCAACCUACGGUACCAUGAAUCGUCGCAAGACGGGCAAGACGUCGUCCAAGGAGGGCGAGGAAAAGCACGCCUCGAGCUCUGCUCUCGAUGGUGGCGACAAUCACAAUGGCGGCAGCAACGGCGGUGGUGUGUCGCUUGCAGUCGCAUCGAGCAGGCUUGCGCAGCCCACCGCUGCAGACACUUCGGGCACGACGACGCCAGAAAGCGACGAUCCUUCCUCCCCGCCUAGACGCAUCACUCUGGAACGCAGCACGAAAAGACCGAGCAGAGUCCCGUUCGGCUCUGCGAAUAGGAACCCAUCGUAUAUUCUGCGAGCACCUGGCACUCCGUAUCACGAGCACGACAUUAGCGAUAUACCUUGGCUAUCCUUGCCAGAGGCCCCGCCUGCGCCAAAGGGUCUGACGAGGUACAGACGACUAUUCUUUGUGUGCGGUGCCCUACUGGGAGCUCUCCUGGCUUGGGCAGCAGCGCAACAUUCCAGCAUGACGGGGUUCAGAUCCCUCUUGGAAGAGCAAGCUCGCAGCUUCCCAUCCCUCGACUUUGACCUCUUCUCCAUGCGCCUGCCUAGAGAAUUUGCGGAUCUCGGCGAUAAUCUCUUCUCGGCACCUCGCGAAUGGCUCAAGUCCAAAGACUUUACGGUUGGCAGGAAUGCAUAUGCCAGGGGUUUGAGAGCCGAACAUCCAGUCGUGCUCUUGCCAGGUGUCAUCAGCACUGGUUUGGAGAGCUGGACGACGGACGAAAUUUCGGCGGGAUUCUUUAGAAAGAGGUUGUGGGGAAGCGCUACGAUGAUGAGGACCAUCGUUUUUGAAAAGGAGAGGUGGAUCAGGCACAUAAGCCUAGACCCCGACACUGGUCUUGACCCUCCUGGAAUCAAGGUCAGGCCCAGCGAAGGCUUCGACGGCGCUAGUCAUUUCAUUGCAGGGUACUGGAUUUGGGCAAAGAUCAUUGAAAAUCUGGCAGUGCUUGGAUACGACAUCAACAAUCUCUGGUUGGCUGCAUAUGACUGGCGGCUAUCGUACCAUAAUCUCGAGGUCAGAGAUCGAUUCUUCACGCGCAUGAAGCUCCGCAUAGAGCAGAACAAGCGAAUCGAAGGCAAAAAGACGGUUCUCGUAGCGCACUCGAUGGGCAGCUCUGUAGCUCUCCACUUUUUCAAAUGGGUCGAGGCCGAAGGCGAAGGCUACGGCAAUGGAGGCCCGAGCUGGGUGGAAGAUCACAUCGAAGCCUUCACCUCCAUCGCCGGCACUUUCCUAGGUGUGCCCAAAGCUAUGGCCGCGCUCUUGAGCGGCGAGAUGCGAGAUACAGUGGAACUGCCUCCCGCUGCCGCCUAUUUGUUGGAGAAGUUCUUUAGUCGCAGCGAGCGCGCCAAGCUUUUCCAAAGCUGGGCUGGAAGUGCCAGCAUGAUGAUCAAGGGUGGUAGCGCGAUAUGGGGCAAUGCAAGCUUUGCGGCCGAUGAUGAGUGGAAUUCAACAGACACGCACGGCAACAUUUACAGCUUCAAGCUGCCUGCGCUAGAGCACCAGAUGGGCGCAGCUGACUCUGGUAAGGCGUCGCACGAACAAGCCGAGGCGAGCCACCAUGAUCCCUCCGCACUGAGCUCCGCGCCUCAGAACUUGACGGCAGGCGACGCCAUCACUUGGCUCAUGCAGCAUACCCCCACUAGCUUUCAACGAAUGCUGGCGGCCAACUACUCAAACGGGAUGGAAUACGAUCCGAACGUAGUACGAGAGAAUGCCAAGAAGGAACACGAGCAGACCUGGAGCAAUCCUUUAGAAGCGCCUUUGCCAAAUGCGCCCUCCAUGAAGAUCCAUUGUCUUUACGGCGUCGGAAAGUCGACGGAGAGGAGCUACUGGUACGAGCAAGGGCCGUACCAACGUGACGAGACGGAGUCGGAGGGUGACAAUGCGCAGUGUGCAGCCAACGACGACUGCACAGUGGCAACACCCUUGGACUUCCCCACCGGCCGAACAGGAUGGAUAGACGCGACCAUCCACGACGAAAAGGCGAACCCAGUCGUUCGAGCGGGCUGCAAAAUGGGCGACGGGGACGGAACGGUCUCGCUGCUUUCCCUUGGAGCGAUGUGCGUGGAAGGAUGGAAGCGCGAAAGGUACAAUCCUGCUGGCAUCAAGGUGAUCACGCACGAAGUCAAGCACAUGCCCGCUGCUAUGGACCCAAGAGGAGGCUUGACCACAGCGGAUCACGUCGACAUAUUGGGAUCGUACGCUGCCAACGAUGUGGUGCUCAGAGUCGCUGCUGGACGAGGCUCCGACGUGCCGGAGAAUUUUGAGAGCAAGAUUAGAGAGUUCGCAGCGAGAAUAGACUGGGACAAUCCGCCCGCCCAUUCCUAGCUUGAUUCGUCUUGAACAGCGAACAAGCGGCUCCAUAAAAUGCAGCUGAAAUGCUCACCUUGCUGCUAGCGAGGCCGCACAAUAGCAUUUCUCUGGAGUUCUGUUUUCUUUCCCUCAGCUUUCCUCCUUUGCGGAGCGAUGCACGGAAUGCUCUUUUUGUCACUCGAAUGUACCAGUAUGCGCGCUCAGGGCAGUCGCAAUUCAAUCCUAUUCGAAUCG